AUGAUGGAGAUGUCUACACUCAGCGAUCUUGGCAACCAUGAAACCGGUUCACAGGGAAAGGACGGUGGGAAAAGCCCAAAUGUCACCCGAUUUUCCACGGCUUCAAUAUCAGUCGGAGGGAUGCAAGUGCCGAUCAGGGGAACCAACAACGUGAAGGAAGAGGCGUUUCAUCCAAUGCCUGGGUAUUCAGGUUACCUGCAGGGGAUCACCAGCGAGAACAAGUUUGGAGGAACGAUAGGGAAGUUAGCAGAACUCCAAGGUGACGCCGCGGACGAUUCGUUGAACAAGUCUGGACCUCAGAGGCGAGGAGAGAAAUUUCAGCUCGGAGCUCUUCCGGGCUAUGCAGGAGCUCUAUCAGCUCAGAUGCAGUGGGCGAGGAAAUUAGAGACGCAGAACUUCAGCUUCUUUCGUAACGCAACGAACAAUAUGUCUCAAGAGGACACUGAGAAUGGCGACGACAAGUACGAUUACUACUCUAUCUUCGACAAGCGUGCCAUAUCAAAGCACGACUUUCACGAGGAGCAGAAGAGGAUGUGUCCCUGGUUUGGGAAAAAGCAUCAUAUCCCUGGCAUGAAAGCUUCAAACCUCGUGGGAGCGACCUACUCCAAGAACACUCUGACAGCCUUUGAAGACGCCGAACAAGUACCGGGGACAAAUGCGGGAUAUGGAGAUGAGCAUGCAAACAACGAGAACGAGUCGGAGCCUCAGAGUCGACCAGUCGAGUCAACGCUUCAACUCUUCCGGACUCGUUUGUGCGGCAACGAAGGAAUCCUCCCUUGCGAUACGGUCCUACAACAAGACAACGCGGUCGGCACUCUAGAGCUCCUGGCGAAAUUGGAGGAUAACAAGGGUUUCAUCCCUUCGUUACAGCUCAAGGCCAUGCUCCUAGAUCUGAACCCGAGCGGCCAAGAGAUGGACAAAGUGAAUAUCUGCAUCGCAGCUCUGGACAAGUCUGGUACAGGAGAGAUUGACUGGGAACGUCUCCGCCGGCUGAUCGACCGGCUCAAGCAAGGAGUUGUCACUUCAGACCAGAUGCCGCUGGGCUCGAAAAGCUUGCCUUACACGGAGUUGCUCGGCAUGGUGCAACCCAAACUUGGAAGAAGCAUGUUCCGAUCUGCCCAGCAAGCAAUGGCGUUCUUCGACAAGAACAGAACAGGAUUUAUCGACCCUGUCCAAUUCCGGAUGCUCCUGGAGCAGCUACGAGUGGACUUGGAAGAGCAAGAGAUCGAGGGUCUUCUGAAGCUCCUCAUUUCAAACUCAAUCGGAAUGGUUGAUGUUUCCAUGCUUGUUCGUGGCUUCUUCGGUCAUAGCGACAGGUCAUCCUCAGCCAUGCUCACGAUGCCUCCCCCCAAGAGCACUGGAGCUGAUGGCGAGGAGUCCUCUCAGGACCAUCCGUCGAGGUUGGACAUGAACGCAAUAGCACAGCAUAUCCGCAAGCAGUGGAAGCAAUCUUACCCGAUGCCAUGCUCUGCUGGUCCUAUCCGCAUCAGCUUCCAUGACAAUGUCACGUCGCACAAGUUGCCAUCAGACGUGCACAUGCUCCCGCUCGCUCGCCCUCGGACGGCCAUGGAACUUCGGCUGGACGAAGAGAUCAACGAUACUCUUGCACACAUUCCAGUCAGGGUCUCCCUCCGACAGCACGGGAACAAUUUUCACAGGUCACAUGCGACCCACUCGAGCAAGACAAGGAGCUACGUGCGGCUUGGGGAUUCCAAGUCAACUCGGUCGAGCAGCAACUUCACCACCACUUACGGCACUGCCUUCGACCUCCUGUCCAACUCGAGCGGUCGAGUCUUCUAG